AUGGCGCCUCAAAAGUCAGCUAUUUUGUCUGUCUAUGACAAGACCGGUCUUCUCGACCUGGCAAAAGGUCUUUCUCAACACAAUGUCCGUAUACUUGCGUCCGGUGGCACGGCCAAGAUGAUUCGGGAAGCUGGCUUCCCUGUCGAAGAUGUCUCAGCCAUCACCAACGCCCCCGAAAUGCUCGGCGGCCGUGUCAAGACCCUCCACCCUGCUGUUCACGGUGGUAUUCUCGCCCGCAACAUCGAAUCCGACGAGAAGGAUCUCGCCGCUCAGAAAAUCAACAAGGUCGACUUUGUCGUCUGCAACCUUUACCCUUUCAAGGAUACCAUCGCAAAGCCCAAUGUGACUAUCGCCGAGGCUGUGGAGGAAGUUGAUAUUGGUGGCGUGACUCUUCUUCGUGCUGCGGCCAAGAACCACGCUCGAGUCACUAUUCUAUCUGACCCGAAGGACUAUCCCGAAUUCCUCAAGGAACUCGAGACUGGCGAAAUCUCAGAACAGACUCGCAAGAUUUAUGCUCUCAAGGCUUUUGAGCAUACUGCAGACUACGACACUGCUAUCUCGGGAUACUUCCGUAAGCAAUAUGCCGGUGACGGUGUGCAGCACUUGUCUCUUCGUUACGGUACAAACCCACACCAGAAGCCCGCAGCUGCCUACGUCACUCAGGGCAAGCUUCCAUUCAAAGUGCUCGGUGGCUCUCCCGGAUACGUCAACCUUCUUGACUCGUUGAAUGCCUGGCCACUUGUCAAGGAAUUGAAGCAAGCUCUUGGUCUACCUGCUGCAGCCAGCUUCAAGCACGUUUCCCCCGCUGGUGCGGCCAUUGGAGUCCCUCUUAAUGAGAAGGAACGGAAGGUGUACUUUGUCGAUGACAUUGCUGGCAUUGAGUCUUCUGGUCUUGCUCAAGCAUAUGCUCGUGCCCGUGGAGCCGACCGCAUGUCAAGCUUCGGAGAUAUCAUCGCACUCAGUGACAAGGUUGAUGUUCCCACUGCAAAGAUCAUUUCACGUGAAGUUUCCGACGGUGUCAUUGCUCCCGACUACGAGCCCGAAGCUCUUGAAAUUCUGAAGAAGAAAAAGGGUGGAAAGUACCUUGUUCUCCAGAUCGACGAGACCUACACCCCUCCCUCAACUGAAACUCGUACCUUGUACGGCGUCCAGCUUGAACAAGGCCGCAACGAUUUCACCGUCACAUCCAAGACUUUCAGCAGCAUCAUCACACCCAAGGAUACCAAGACGCUUCCCGAAGCCGCCCUCCGCGACUUGACCGUAGCCACCAUCGCACUCAAAUACACGCAAUCCAACUCCGUCUGCUACGCUCUCAACGGACAAGUCAUUGGUCUCGGCGCCGGUCAACAAAGCCGUAUCCACUGCACCCGUCUCGCCGGUGACAAGGCCGAUAACUGGUGGAUGCGCUUCCACGAACGCACACUCAACAUUAAAUGGAAAGCAGGCGUCAAGCGCGCCGAUAAGAGCAAUGCCAUCGACAUGCUCACAUCAGGCCAAGUCCCGCCCCGCAAUGAGGUUGAAAAGGCCGAAUACGAGCGCGUCUUUGAGGAAGUCCCCGCUCCAUUUACGGCGGAGGAAAGAGAGGCCUGGUUAAAACAGUUGACCAACGUUGCUGUUUCGUCGGAUGCUUUCUUCCCGUUCAUUGAUAAUGUGUUCCGUGCUGCGAGAUCGGGAGCCAAGUAUAUUGCUGCUCCUAGUGGAAGUCAGAAUGAUGGACCGGUGUUUGAGACGGCGGAGAAGUUGGGGAUUACUUUUAUUGAGCAGAGUACUCGUUUGUUCCAUCAUUAGUUCUUCCUUAUGAUGAGCUUUUUAAUCUCGGGAGAGGAAGAGAUGUUCUAAUGCUAGAUCCAUGUUAUAUG